AUGCACAGAUAUUGUUUUAUAUUUAGGAUUUAUGUGAAAAAUAUGGAAAAUUAUGAGGGAAAUGUAGGCUUUGACCUCUCUAAAAUGCCGCUAUCAAAUGUUGCUCAGAGGAUUAUGGCAGCCAUGCAUUCAUUUGAUUUAGUGGAGAUUAAGAAUUUCAGAGAAAAUGAAAAAAAUGAGAAGAUGGUACAUUAUUCCAGUGUAAAGGAUACACUUCUAGAAGAUAAGAGUCCUCAUUAUGUAACUAUAACAGACCAGUCACCAAAAGUUUCCAACACCAUCUCUCUUCAGUCAACUGAUAUUAGGUAUUCUAACCAAAAGUCUAAUAUCAAGGACUAUAAUUCAUCAGGGUCAAUGUCCCUUACCAGUUGUGUAAUUCCUCCUUUAAAUUUCAAGUCCUCACAUUUACAGAAAAAGGAAAUUAAGAAGGAGUAUUUCUUAAAGGAAAACAACAAUAUUGAAAAUAAGGAUGCUAAGAACCUUAAAAGAAAGCAUACUACAGACAAUCAUUCGUCAAAGCAAACAAAGAAUUGUUUUACAAUGGAAGGGUUGGGAAAUGGAAUUGAAACAAAAUAUCAAAAUUCAGGAGAGACAAAAGCUUUUGAAAGCCCAGUCUGUGAUGUUAGAGCCUUGGGACCUGUGGAAAAAAGCCAACUGAUGGUAAUACUAAAACAAGCGGCUGCUCUGGUAGUCACAAUAAUCUAUCAGGAUGGAUCAUCCCAGCUAAAACAUGACAAGGAUCUAAAUUCAUUGGUAAAAGGAAUCAUUAUUUUAAUAAAGAGCCCACUGGACAACAGUAGCCAUCCUUUUACUGCAUCAAACACAGACCCACCUAUUAUGGAUGAAUUUACUAAAGAUGAUAGGUAUAUAUACAUAAAAAUAGAACAUGAUACUCUUUGGAGACAAGAGCAAGAGAUGAGUAAUCAAUUUGCCAGAACUGUACUGUUUCAAAUACUGAAAUGUAAAUAUACUGUUGUUUGCUUUAAUGCUAAAGAGUUUGUGAAAACAGUCCUCCAAGUUUAUGGCAGUUGUGGUCAUUGGAAACAUGUUGCUGAUUUUGUGGUUUUAGAUCCUAGAAUUGCAGCAUGGCUUCUUGAUCCUAGUGAUACUAUUUCUUCCUUUGAAGAUUUAGUAAGAAAAUAUUUUGAAGAAUCAGUCACAAUGAAAAUGAAUAACACAAGUGGUAGUUCUUCACACAGUAUAGUGAACCUAUGUUCAGACUUGAGGAUCCUUUACAGACUUACAGUGGAUCUUUGUUCUAAAUUAAAGGUUUGUGGUCUGUGGCAAUUAUUUUAUACUUUGGAACUUCCUCUGAUACCCAUUUUGGCAGUAAUGGAAACCCACAAAAUUCAAGUGAACAAAGAAGAAAUGAAGAGAACAUCAAAGCUUCUUGGGGUUCAUUUAAAGGAAUUGGAAAAAGAAGCCCAUGUUGCUGCAGGAGAGCAGUUUCUUAUUACUAGUAAUAAUCAACUUCGAGAGGUAUUAUUUGACAAGUUAAAGCUGCACUUGCUGUGCAAAAGUAAGACUCUCCCCAAAACUGAGCUACAGAAAUAUCCAUCGACGUCGGAAGCCACGUUAAAUGCUUUGCAAGAUCUUCAUCCUUUGCCCAAGAUCAUUUUAGAAUAUAGGCAGAUUCAUAAGGUCAAAUCAACCUUUGUGGAUGGGCUGCUGUCAUGCAUGAGAAGAGGGUUUAUUACAUCAACAUGGAAUCAGACUGGAACUGUGAGUGGCAGACUUUCAGCCAAGAAACCUAAUAUGCAAGGGAUAUCUAAGAACCCCAUCCAGAUCACUGUUCACCAAUAUGAACAAGGGAAAGAAGAUGAAAAAGCAACUAUUUCUCCCAGAACAAUGUUUAUAUCUUCCAAAGGCUAUUCCUUCCUAGCAGCAGACUUUUCACAGAUUGAAUUGCGAAUCCUUGCCCACCUCUCUUGUGAUCCAGAACUUCUGAAGCUUUUCCAGGAACCUGAGAGUCUUGAUGUGUUUAUGAGACUGACUUCUCAGUGGAAGGGAAUUCCUCUUGAACAAGUCACACAUGUGGAGAGGGAGAAGACCAAGAGAGUUGUAUACUCAGUGGUGUACGGAGCAGGCAAAGAACGACUUGCUGCUUGCCUUGGAGUAACUGCUCUUCAAGCCAGACAGUUUAUAGAGAGUUUUCUCCAGAAAUACAAGAAAAUCCAUGACUUUACCCAGGAAACAAUCAUGCAGUGCCACCACAAAGGAUAUGUGGUUUCCAUCAUGGGACGCAGAAGACCCCUACCAAAUAUCAAUGCAAAGGAUUACAGACUGAGAACUCAGGCGGAAAGACAGGCAGUAAACUUUGUAGUCCAAGGCUCUGCUGCUGAUCUCUGCAAAAUGGCCAUGAUCAAGAUAUUUACUUCAAUAGCCACUUCUCCAAAGCUGACAGCCAGAUUACUCGCCCAAAUUCAUGAUGAACUGCUGUUUGAAGUGGAGGACUCACAAAUUCCUGAAUUUGCAGUGCUUGUCAAAGAGACCAUGGAAUCCCUGCAGAACAUCCAGGCCCUAGCGCUACACCUGAAGGUCCCCCUGAAAGUGAACCUCUCCACGGGGCGAUCGUGGGGGUGCCUGAGCCCCUUCCCGGAGGCGGCGCCCGGUGCUGCCUGGCCCGGCCCGGCCGGCCACAGUCACUAGGGCAACGGCGGCCCCUGCGGAGCCCCAGCAGCACCUGCGCUCUGCAGGGGCAUUUCUCGGCUUCAUUUAGUCUGGAGCCCCAGGCAACCGCGGCGGCCCGAG